AUGCGCUCUUUCUUCAACAAGCCGGCUUGGGCUAAGACAGAUGACGAGCCCUCCGCGCCCGAAUUUUAUCGCCGAUCCCAUCAGACAUAUAAGGAUAUUUUAAAAGCGAAUAGAGAACAGCGCCGCGAGGAUGUCGCAAAAUCGGCAUUGACACCUGCCGUCGAGUCAACCAAGGUCCCUGUCCGUUCUUCAAAACGUCGCCGCAUAUCAGACCCGGAGGUCGACCCAACGGAUGACGCUCGCGAGAAAAAUGGCAACGGAUCAACCGCCUCUUCUCCGCCGGUCGAGCAGUCAGACGAAAGCAACAGUAUUGAAUAUGUUGAAAGCCGGAGACACUCCGAUGAUAUUGAUGAUGGGGUCGCAUUAGAAAGGGAAUUGUCAGCGGCCGAUACCUACGGAGCUCCUUCGCCUGAGGUUCAAGUUGUUGAUGAGCCACCACGCUUCGAGAAAUCUUUAUCGCGCCGUCUGCCUACACUAUCACCAGAAAGGGAUAGUAAUACAUCCUCAUCCCAUAGUGUAUUACCAACGAACGCCGAAGAGGCAAAGGCCGCACUUGAUACUCGAGAAAAUACAGAACAAAGAGAAGACAAGAAGGCCGAGGUUGUUGUGGAAAUACUAGUCACAUCCGAGAUUGAGAAUACGAAACCGUUGAUUGUUCGGCGACAUAUGUCACAACGAUUUCGAGAUAUUCGCUUAACGUGGUGCGCGCGACAGGGAUUCGAUCAGAAGAUGACUGAUUCUGUCUAUCUAACUUGGAAUAGAAGGAGACUUUUUGACGUAACAACAUGUAAAAGUCUGGAUGUCGGUUCUUUGUCGUCUCCUAGUGAUUUGGACUUUGAUGAUGAACCCCGUACCUUGCGCAUUCACGUUGAAGCAGUGACGGAUGAGUUCCUGAAAGCUCGGGCUGAGGCAGAGAGAUCAACUAUGGCGCCUCCAACACCCUCGCAAACAGCGGAGAGCGAGGCAUUCCAUAUUGUUCUGAAGAGCCCGAGCCACGGUGACUUGAAAGUGAAAGUCUUGCCCCGGACGCCUGUCCUUCAAAUCAUGGCCAAUUUCAAGAGCAAAAGGAACAUCUCUUCCGACCUCAAGAUUCUCCUGUCCUUUGAUGGGGAUAUUCUCGACCCGGACUCACAGCUGAAGGAUUACGACAUUGAUGAUAUGGAUCUUGUGGAAGUUAUCCUUCGAUAA